AUGACCAACACGACCUACAACACGUGUUGCAUGUGCGGCAAGGAAACAAAGACCCGUUGUCCCAGAUGUGCGGCGGAAGGGAUCGACGUCUUCUUCUGCUCGACCGACCACCAGAAGCUUGCUUGGUCGACUCACAAGCUCGUCUGCGGAUCCAAGUCCAACCCCUUCACCCUUCCGCCCUUGACAGACGAAGAAGCCGACUUUGUCUGGACCCAUCGUCGAUUCGCCUCGGAGCAGAUUGCCAUGAUUACGAUGGGAGCACUCCCUGCGACGCCACUCAAGCUGUUGGAGGAGCGAUGCGCCGUUAAGGAGGAUGGGAUGCGCGACGUGCUAUCCGCUCUCUCUCGCGACGAACCCGCUUCGCAAGACAUCGAGGCACAGCGUUUCGAGCUCUUGCGCACGUUGCGAGUCUACAUCUUCUGCCAGCAGGGCGAGCUCCUCCAUCAGCGCCGCAUCGCCAUGGGAGACGCCUACACUCGUCCCAACGAGACGACUGCGCCUAUCCAGAGCCUCUCCAUCAAGCUGAUGGCGUCCGAAUGGCAGCAAUUGUCGGAAGGCGAGCGGAAGAAGAGGUGGUUCUCCGAGUUGUCGCACCGCCUGCUGGCGUACGGGAUCUAUGCGCGCGUAAAUGAGGGAGAUUUGUCAGCGCAGCAGGUGCGCGACAUCCUGGGCAUGUUGGCCGCGUUGCGGCGGUACAUCCGGAGCGAGAGAGGCGUUCCUAUUAGCGUCGGCGGGAGGACGGCGCUUGUUGCUGAGACGGAGCGUUGGGUUAUGCGCAUGCAGGCGAACAUGCAGGCGCGACUUGAGGAGCUGUCAUGA